GGGCUGCUGCUGUGGCUGCUGCUGAACACGGGUGGGGCGUGGGCAUCCAGGGGGCCACUACGCCCGCUAUGCCGGCCCAUCAACGCCACCCUGGCUGCCGAGAACGAAGCCUGUCCGGUCUGUAUCACCUUCACCACCACCAUCUGCGCCGGCUACUGCCCCAGCAUGGUGCGAGUGCUGCCGGCUGCCCUGCCGCCCGUGCCCCAGCCGGUGUGCACCUACCACGAGCUGCGCUUUGCCUCCAUCCGGCUCCCUGGAUGCCCGCCUGGCGUGGACCCCAUGGUCUCCUUCCCUGUGGCCCUAAGCUGUCGCUGCGGGCCCUGCCGCCUCAGCAACUCUGACUGUGGGGGUCCCAGAGCCCAACCCUUGGCCUGUGACCGCCCCCCGCUCCCGGGCCUCCUAUUCCUCUAA